AUUGUAUUGAUUGCACGUGGACCGAAACGGAUAAGUGUCUAAAAGUUCUUUGAAGUUUUGAUGAAAAUUUGAAGACGAUUAGCAUGGAACCUCCUAAUACCCGCAAGUGGAGUGUAUAGGUAUCUGAUCAAGUAUUAGAAAUUGGAAUUAAUACCCGUAGUUUCGUUUUCCUGUUGCGUGAUCUUCCCUCAUGGAGAAUUUUGGCUUGCGUGAUCAAGGUCAGCCCGUUGAAUCUAUAACAGUGUUGUGGUGAGAAACCUCCAAUAUAGUCGUUCAUGACACACACAAUUUUUGUGAAAGGAACUCAAAACAACAAUGCUCUUCUUUAUUAUUGGACGGAGUUGAUUUUACAUAAUUUACAUAAUUUGAGUGAAUCGAAUUUAUGUAGCGACUUUAGAGACUAGAGCAGACCUAUUUUAGAUUAAUACCAAUAAGGAUGAGUUCACAUCACAGUUAAUAAUAUGCAUCCAUCAUAUUAAGAUCCUGACAUUAUACAGUGUUUGAAUAUAUCAACAAGCAGGCAGAUACCAAACAUUUUUUUACCCUCAAACAUUUAACGACAAAACAGGCAAACCAAACAAUUCACCCAACGCAUAAAACAUAAACGAAAUUAAACCAAACAUCCUCUUAAAAUAAAACAACAAAAUCACCAAAGGAAUGGAAAAUAAAAAUAAUUGAAAAAAUAGGUAAGUGGGAACCACCCGUCAGCUGAUUUAAGAGAGGCGAUCGGACGCAUCCAGUCAGUGAGUCACGAGACAAGGGUGCAUGUACGUCCAUUGCUCUCCAGGCCAUGGUUCUUUGUCAAUGAACACCUGUAAUUACCUUUCCAUCGGUGCUCAGGAUAUAUCUGGUCGUCAUCUUGGACGAAGGGAAGGUAAUUUCAUGAGAAACAAGGUAUAGCCUGGGAUGAUACCAAGAGGGAAGAUGCCGUGCAGAAAUCCCAGCGUCAUGGAUGUUAGUUUGCAGUGUGCGGAAAAAUGUGCAGUUUCAUAUCAUGCAAAUGAAAAUGUGAAUAGUGAAGUCUUUUGUCUAUGAAGUGUAGCCUAGUUCUUUGAAAUUGAUGUAUAGACAUUUAACUUCUAGGAAAAUAUAUCCGUAUUUAUUAAUAGCACAAGCUGAUGUAGAAUGCAAAUAGAACCAGAAAAUAAAAUAUGUAUUAUCUGGACUUUUGACGUUGGAUGAUAACUGUACUGUAAUUAUUUAUUGCCAAUACAACAAAAAUAUUGCUGAUUCAAGAAAAUAGUUAAAAGAAACAACAACUGGAAAAAGUAACAAGUGUUGAGGUGUGUAAAACACAUCAAUAAUACAUGUGUUAACCCUCUUGUGUUACUGUGGUGUUUUUGGACCUGGUGGAAAUGGCCAGUUGGUACCCAGACAUAGAGAUGGAAGAGAUGCGAAGUGAUGCCAAAGGGUAUGGUAAAGAGAGAGGUGCAGGACCCAGUAGUGGUGUGCGAGGUUGUAUACGCCCCCGCCACUAUACAACAUCAUACCGGGAUACGGGGGAGAUCAAGUUCUGCAUUUCUGAGUAUAAGCAUGAUGCAUUCCAGAUGAUGCUGUUGAUGAAGAGCAAUCAGAUGCUGACAGACGUGAAGUUGGAGGUCGGCAGAGAAAUCUUCCAUGGUCACAAAAUCGUCCUAGCAGCUGCCAGUCCUUAUUUCAAGGCAAUGUUUACCGGCGGACUGAGGGAGUGUGAGAUGGACACUGUGAAGCUACAAGGAGUAUGUCCGACAGUCCUGGCUCACCUCCUGUGCUUUAUGUAUACUGGUGAAAUCGUCAUUAAUGAGAUGCUUGUCUGCCAGCUUCUACCAGCAGCAACCAUGCUACAGAUGAGUCAUGUCAUUGACGCAUGCUGUACCUUCCUAGAGCAGCAGCUUGAGGCAGGGAAUGCCAUAGGUAUUGCUAGCUUUGCCCAACAACAUGGCUGCAUGGACUUGUACCGCAAAGCCAAUACCUUCAUUGAGCAGCAUUUUUCUGAGGUAUCCAUGGAAGAUGAAUUUUUGCAGUUAUCAGACUGUGAAUUAGUUCACCUAAUUCAAAGGGAUGAAUUGAAUGUACCUGAUGAGAAGGAUGUAUAUAACGCAGUGCUGAAGUGGGUGAGGCAUGAUGAAGAGACACGGCAACCAAAAAUGGAGCAGAUCCUGCAGGCUGUCAGAUGUCAGUAUUUAUCACCGCGAUUCUUGACCGAGCAAAUGAAAAACUGCAGGCUUUUGAAGAAGGCUCCAGCAUGUAGGGAAUAUCUUGCGAAAAUCUUUAAGGAUUUAACCUUGCACAAGCCUCCCUGCCAAAAGGAACGAACGCCAAAUGCUCCGUGUGUCAUCUACAUUGUCGGAGGGUACUCCAACCAGCAGUCAUUGGAUACUUUAGAAUGUUAUGAUGUUGAGGACCAUCAGUGGACACAGCUCUCAAAACUUCCUGUGGCAAGGUCAGGUCUUGGUGCAGCCUAUUUAAGGGGAAUCUUCUAUGCGGUGGGAGGGAGAAACAUUCUCCCAAACGGAAACUA